AGGGUCGUGGUAAUUAGAGUACCAGAUGGGGGAAGCGGAGAGGGACUGAGGGUGGAGGUAGAGUGCGAGUCAAGGAGGGUAUUUGAUGGAGAGGAGGAGGUUGAGACACCAAUGCUGCUGCUGAGAAUCACCCGCAAGUUGUCUCUCUCUGGAGUGGCCCACGGACUACUGGGUCAGUUCUACCAUCGGAUUAUAGAGAUAGAGCCUCACUCAGACUCUGACCCUGACACCUACUACACCGUGACUGUCCCUGAGAGGGAGGGACAGCCAGCAGAGAGACAGUUCCUGGGGAGACUCUACCAUCUGGACUGGAACCACAAGCAGAGCCCAUGCCUCUAUGUUGGCGAUAGCCAGGGUGGACCUGUCAUUUCCGGCUUGUAUCGCGACUAUGCAGUGAACAAUACAUUCUCAGAGGAAGGCUACCGGUUCGGAGUGUUCAACAGUGACAACUGUGUGAUUUAGUAGCACCAUUACAUCGUGAAUGCUCUCUUUAUGGGGGUCCACCACUCACUGGUCUGAGAUUACCGCCUGCAACUGGCGUGAUGUGAAGAUUGAACAAUAUUUGUUCUGUGUCCAGAUUGCUUUCGUGUUAUUUUAAAUUGUGCAUGGUUGUGAAGAAGAUGAU